AUGUUCUCGCGCGGCCACCCGUGUCUGAGAAGACGUGGUCUAUCCGCCGCCGUCUUGGACACCGUCGCGGCUGGCCCCGAGGAACCUCUUCUCUUCCUCUAUCCUCGCUGGUUCACGUCGGUUCUACGGCAACAGAGAUCGGUAGCAUCGGUAUCGUUUUCUACGGCUCGGAAGAACCCAUCGAAAUCGGCCCGUCUGCCGCUUCGCGGCUCGUGUCCCCGUUCCCGCCGGAGGUGGUCGUUCGGGAGCUCUGCCAGGCGAUGGGUUUCGACCGAGACAGGGUCUGCUGCGCGGGCGGGCGAGUCACUGGAGCGGAAGAAUGUUGAUCGCGCGCGCGGUGUAGAACGCUUUGCUCAGAUGGAUGGGAAAGCUGGCGCCGAAGCUAGACGCACUGAUACAGCGGUCGAGGAGACGGCGCCCGCCGCAGACCAUGAGGAGUCGCCACAGCCGUCAAAUCUCGCUGAUAAUGGAUCAUCGCAUACUCCCGGGAUGGAUCGGCGCUUCGUCAACGUCAACAUCUUCCCCGAUGUCCAGGGAACGGCCCCGACGAUGCAGGCGAACUCAAACGGCUCGGCCCAGGGUAACGCGCUCGGGGUCAUGGAAAGCCUCUCGGUGAGGGAUAGGAAGAAACUACGAUAUAGGCUGUACCUGUCGCGGAUGGGUAAAGACCAAGGGACGCAAGAUAAAUGGGGCCGGUGGACCAAAGUCGGGGAUUUGCUGGAGAAGAUGCAGCAGGAUACCCCCGUGUGGGUGAAGAAGGGCGCCGUGCAGAAGGAGUUACUUAUCCCGGAGGAGACGGUGGCGCUUAUGGCCGGCAUCACGGAUAUGGCGAUGAAAGAGAAUGUGUGGUAUGUGCCUGUCCGGAAUGGGUGCCGGGUGCAUGUGUUACACCCUCACGAGAGUGACGGCCAGUACAGGAAGGUCAUUCUGUCUGGUUCCAAGCGGAGUGUGGAGUUGCUCGGCGACCGUAUCAUGCGGGCGCGGCACCUACAAGAGAACGGUGACCCCCUGGUGGAUAUCAGGAAACCUCCCGUUCCGGUGUAUCCUUCCAUCGAGGCGAUGCGGCGCAAGAGUCUUCCGGUUCCACUUGUCCGAGGUGUCUGGGAUUUCUACCAGGCGUUCAAACAACCGGCACCGCUAGAAUCACUCCUCGCGUCAUCCGGCAAGUUAUCGACUAUCAGGGAAUUUGCCGAACACAUAGAGGAAUUGACGAGGUCACGGUCCCAUUCGAGAUUUGGGAGGGGACAGUCGGAGGUUGCUCACCGAGAGCGGGUGGCCACUGCGCUUGUCGCCCUGUUCCGGGACGAUACAUAUCGCGAUCUCUUCUCGACUGCUGCGCUCAAUAGAGCACUUUCUUACUUGUUCGACCAUGAUGUGCUAGACGAUGCUCGCGCGAUUUUCGUUAGGGCCGAACAUGUGGCGACCGUCGACACUUUCAAUAUUCUCCUCAAAUCCGCAGCCAAGAGACAGGAUAUCCAGGUCUUUCGUGGCUUCCUGCAUUCCAUGUCGCGCCUGCAGAUUCGGCCGAACGCCUACACCUGGCUGGCUUUCCUCGACUGCCUGGUCUCCUCUAAAGCUAAAGCUAGUCUUGUUAAGUUCAUGCUGCAAAAGGGUUACCUGUCCGAUACAAGUGCCAUGCGGACUGCGUUGCAACUAACGAUCCAGGAUUCGUUCCUGGUCCAUCUUCAAAGUGGCCAGAGUGUGGACGCCUUCUUCAAUAUGAUUAUCGAUACGUACGGGGCCAAUUGGUUUCCCCCAUCGUUGAUCAACCAGAUGUUCAGCGUCGCCGUGCGACUCAAGGACUACUCCUCAUUGGACCGGUUGUUUGAAAUAUGUCAGAAACAAGGCUUCGCGCUCGAUUCCGCCACCGUCAACCAAAUCCUCCCUCUGUUCCGUUCUGAUAUCCAGUCUGCUCUUUUGUACAUGUUCCGCUGCCUGGAUCGUCCUGAAACGCAGCUGGACAGAUACACCUGGGAGAGACUUUUUUUGAUCGCGUUCAAAGGCCGCAACUACAAUAUCUGUCGCGUGCUGUGGCGUUACGCUUGCACGCGCAGAAUGGUCACCUACAAGAUGAAGCAGUCUGUUCUCACCUCCUUGGUACGGAACGUGCCCCGAAAUAAGGGAGAUCAAAUCGAUGAUGUCUGGCAAACCACUGCUGGGAAUAUCAUUGUGGGGCUCGAUCUUGACCAGGCCAGCUAUCCACUGUCAGAAGCCAUCUUAGACAAUCUGCCAGAUGAGUAUCUCGACAGCCCAGUGGCUUUCCUUGCGUCAGGCUACAAGCCAGCAGGCGAAGACCGCGAGAAGCAACUGCGCGUGGCCUCUGCGCUAGUGCAGCGCGAUAUUGAGAUUGGACCUCGAUACCAGCCGUCGGAGCCCUUUGCUAUCAUGCUCGAGGCCGCCGCCGUGAUGGACCGAGGAUGGAAAGGCAUACCGAGGCCCUGGCCAUGGUUGAUGCAGAAUGCCAUUCAAGUCCCCGUCCGCAAAGCGGAUUUUCUGAGCACCAAUAUAUGA